AAAUUUUCUCAUAAAAUUGUCGAUUAAUCCCAGCUACAAAAACAACGACGAGGAAGAAAAAAUACCCAAAAAGCAAAUUGUAUCAGGACAGAGAAAGAAAAAAACAGACAGAAACAAAAGUGCAGAAAACGAACAACAGAAACCAAUAAGCAGCGAUCGAAGCUAAUAAAAAAACGCAGAAGAGCGAAAGCUCGGACAUUCAAAUCUGAAAGCAAUACGAAACAAGUCACGAAGAUUGAAUCGAAGCAGAAGCAAGAAGCAGAAGCGAGUAAGUAGUAUUAAAGGAAGGAGGAGCCUGGAGAAAUCAUUGGGGUUGGUGUGGGAACUGGGAAGUUACUUGUUUUGUUCCGAUUUUAGUUUUGUCUGAAUUCUGGUCAAAAUCUUCGAAGGCUCAAUCAAAAACCAAUCUUCCAACACUUUGUUAUUCGGCUUACAAGCUUUGGGUCCCGCUUCUCAUUGCCCGCUUCCCUUCAUCUUCAAUUCGGAAUUCGAAUCUGUUUGCUCUGUUCUCAAAGCUCCAAUCUUUUUUAUCCAUAACUCCUCCACUGAUCUCGAUUUGCUCCAACUGAAAUUUCGGGAAUUCUCAAGUUCUUAGCAUCCGAAAUUGGGCGUGGUUUGGAUAGAAAAUAAAAAUGCUGGGUUUUUCUGCUCUGAUUCAGUUUCUUCUUCUUACCCUCUCCUCAAGUUGCUGAUUCUUCCUUCCCAUGGAUUGAUUUGGUCACUCCAAGCUAGGGUUUUUUUUUUUUUUUAAUAUCUUCUGAUACUGAUUCAGCAGCCGAGGUUGAAUUUUAAGGUUCUUGGUGUAAGCUGGUAAGUCGAUAAUGAUCCCUAGGGUUUUGGUUUUGGGCAGAUGAGAUUUGGAUUUUGCAUUCUACUCCUCCUUGGAUUACGAGUUCUGUGUCGUUUGUACAAUGAUAUUGGAGUGGCCUGAACUUAAGACUUCAGCUGAGUUCUUGAAAUGCUCCUGGAUUUGAGUUUGAGGAUUAAUUCGUUGAUGCGUUGGGUUUGUGUUUGUGAAGGGAUAACUAGAACUAGAAGCUGAGAGGGUGCAUUUUGUGCACUCCCUCUGACUGUGUCGUCUAGUUUUGUUUUAGAAGAAGAAGCAGAAACAAGUAUGCAACGUCCUCAAGAUUCCAGGAUUGAUCUAGCUGAGCUUAAAGUGCAUAUUGUCAAGAAGAUUGGGGUUGAAAGAUCUAGAAGGUAUUUUUACUACUUGGGCAGGUUUCUGAGUCAGAAGCUUACGAAGACUGAGUUUGAUAAGUCAUGUUGCCGUCUUUUGGGGAGAGAUAAUCUUUCUCUACACAACAAGUUGGUUCGUUCCAUCUUGAGAAAUGCAUCUCUGGCUAAAUCCCCACCGCCACUUCACCAAAAUGGUCUUCCUGACAAAUCUUUGGUGCUUGGGAAAGAAGGUGGACUUGACCAAAGCGGAUCUCGGAUCCCCAACCAUAAUAGGAAUGAUCCUGUUUGGUCAAAUGGGGUGUUAGCCAAGGUUAGGUCUGGAACAUGUGACGGGACAAUCAGAGAUAGGCCUAGUCCACUUGGGCCAAAUGGAAAGGUUGACAUUCUGUUGCAUCAGCCACUUUGUAGAGAAGACAAAAGUGGUAACAGAAACACGGUAAACAGGGAUUCCGCUUAUCAAAGAUCUAGUCGAUACACUGAUGAAAGAGACGGUGCAUUUCUCUGUCCUGCUGAAAAACUGAGGGUACUGGAUAAGGGUCAGGUUGCAGCUCCAUUUAGUAGAGAUGAUGAACCUCAAGAGGAACAAGGUAGAUUGCUUCCUUCAAUGUGUCCUGUGAUUGCACCUCUAGGGAUUCCAUUUUGCUCGGCUAGUGUUGGUGGCUCCCGCAGAACAGUUCCAAAUUCGACCAGCGCAGAUGUUAAUGUUAUCAGUUGCUACGACAGUGGUGGAUUGUCAGACACAGAUAUGCUGAGAAAGCGGCUGGAGAAUAUUGCAGUAGCACAGGGUCUUGGAGGGGUUUCUGCAGAGUGUUGUAGUAUGUUAAAUAACAUGUUGGAUGUGUACCUGAAAAAACUGAUGAAAUCAUGCGUCGAUUUGGCUGGAGCUAGGUCCAUGAAUGGAACGUCCAAGAAACAAAGUUUAGAAAAACAGCAGAGCCGUGACGAGAUUAUAAAUGGGGUGCGGCAGUGUAAUAGUUUUUACACACAAACUAGCAACCAACCAUCUGACGUAACGCAAGAACCACUUUCAGUGUCUUUGCUUGAUUUUAGAGUUGCAAUGGAGCUAAAUCCACAUCAACUUGGUGAAGACUGGCCCUUGCUACGGGAGAGGAUUUCCAUAUGUUCAUUCCAGGAACGAGAAGGGGUGUGAAAGAAAAUGUUUGGCAAUGUUGAAUACUGCAAUUGGUCUAGGUAAGCUCUCUGGUCCAGAAACUGGCCACUGAUAUUGGUAGCAAGAUGAUUUGUAAUCUCUGCACCCCUUGAUGGACCUGAUGGCUGAGCGACAGAACUAUGUCCUGCAGCUGCAGACUCUGGGCAUGUUAGUAUAUAUAUAUAUAUAUAUAUAUAUAUAUAUAUAUAUAAAUGAAGCUCAGCCCGAAGAACCGUAUUUGAAUACAAAUGAAUACGUGUUGUUGUAAGAUCAAAAGUAAUUUGGCCAUCCCAGCGAGUUUCAAGCUUGGUGUGUAACACCAGGCCGAUAAGGGAAUCCAGAGAAAGUUUUGGCCGGGAUACUGUGGGUUUUUUAGAAAGGAAGAUACAAACAACCAUGUAAUUGCUGCAGUAUUGCUCUGUAUGUAACAUAGUCUUAGAAUUAUUUUAGAAUUCUUAUCUUAAAGACACAUUGACAUCACUUUUACAUUUACAUUACAUUUUUGUUUUCUCAUUUUCAAUGAAAAAGUUGUUUUCAAAAUCA